CAAAUAAAAAUCAAACGAAAUAAAAACCCUAGCAGCCACAUUCAUUACUUUCCCUCUCUUAACUCUCUCUCUCUCUCUCUCCUCUCUUUCGUUCUACCUAAUUCUCUAACCUCUCCACUCCCUCCCUGUUUCAAAUUCAGGCUUUGAUUUUCAAUCUCUAAUGUUGAAUUGAGUCUGUUUAUUCAAAUCGGAGUUUUACGGUUAUAUAGCGAUGGGGAAAGUGACGCCGAAGGAGAGAAAUUGGAAGGUUGGAAAAGGGAGAAAAAAAUUGAAGAGCUCAGGGAACAAGUAUUUGAAACCUGGAACUCUUGCUCAGCUUCGGUGUAACAAGUCUUUAGGUUCGGGAUCGGGUGUUGGUAGGGUUUGCAAUGAAAUUGAGAAGAAAAUUGAGGCGGUUUUGUUUAAGGAGAAGAGUGAGGUUAAUGACGGUAAAGUAUUUGAUAAAAGUCCUCUUAUGCUUUCGCCAGUUAAUUUGGUUAAACAGAGUGGUUUGCUGGGGACGCCGAAAACACCGAGAAUUGAACAGUGUCAAUCAGAAUCAAGGCUUGAGUCUCUUCCCAUUGAUUUGUUGGUAAAAAUACUAUGCCACCUGCACCAUGACCAACUGAGAGCUGUUUUCCAUGUUUCGCAAAGAAUUAGAAAAGCAGUUAUUGUUGCAAGGCAGUUUCACUUCAAUUAUACUACCCCAGAUCGCUCUCGGCAAGAGAUGAUAAGUACAAUGACUCCCCGUCCAUCUGAGCAUUGGCCUUUUAUGUGCAGGGGUGAUGGGAAGGGAGUGAGGAUUCCUAGCCCACAUACACCUAAAGCACCUCGUCAUGGGCCUCGACCUCCUUCUCGCCUAAAAGUUUCAGAGAUGCGACAGGUUACAGCUGUUCUUUUCAAGGAAACAGCUUUCCCUUCUCGUUGCUUGGUGCCAUCAGUUAUACAAAAACCCCAAUGCAAAUCAUUGGCUUCUAAUAGAGUUCUUUUCUGUGAAGAAGAUUUAUGCAAGGCAGUUGCUCAGAAUAAACUUCUCUGAAGUGAUUCUGUUUAAUUUUUUUUCUCUUUACUGUGUAUAGUUCUUUUUUGGUCUCAAGUAAUGGUAGCAUAGUAAAGGUGCGAUUUUGUAGUCUGUUUUGGUGCGCAGUUUAGCUGGUGUGGAUAUUUCUGAUGUCCAAAUAGGUGUGUGGAGGGUUGGCGAUGGAUGUGGAGGGAAUAAUAUUAUUAUAAUUUUACUUGUAUAUUUUUGUAUUGAGACAAUUUGCGAGUUUAAUUUUAGAGACAUUUGAAGGAUAUUUUACAUUA